AUGAAGAAAACCCCAAAAAUAUACGACUUCCAAGAUUUUGUCGAAGUUGUAGACAACUGUUCAUAUAGUCACACCAUUGUGAAAGCAAUGAGUUUUAGAAACUUUAAAAAAUGGCCUAGCUUAACCACUGAUUACCAAAUUAAAAAAUUAAACCCAGUAAAACCUCUGCUCAAAAACAUGGUAGAAAUAACGGCGAAAAGGGGAGAGACACAUUUAUAUUAUAAAGAAAAAUUUAAUGGUGGCAGCAAAAUUCUUUUCUUUAUACCAAAGACCAAAUUAUCCAUGCUGGCUGAAGCUCAAGAAAACUCUGAAGAUCGAGGUAUUACCGAUAAGAGAAAACAAACAAUAUUAACACAUCUUGGUGAUAUCAUUCCUUUGCAAAAAAAAAGUUUUGGAAGGACUUGGCAGUAA